AUGGGGUCUUCAGAUACUUACCUUAUUCGACCAAACCACCAGGACAAGUUUAAACCAGCUGUGGUGAAAGAAUGCAUUCGAGAAAUAGUGAGGGAGCAGCUAACUGGAGUGCGUUAUGACUCUGAAGAGGUUCACCAACUUUCCAACACACUGGCAAUCAGCAUUAAGGACAGAGUUAAGAAGGCUGGAUUUGACCGAUACAAACUUGUUGUGCAGGUUGUGAUUGGUGAACAACGAGGACAAGGAGUGAAGAUGUCCACAAGGUGCUUCUGGGAUGCUGACACGGACAGCUUUGCAGAAGAUGUUUUUAUCACUGAAAAUCUGUUUUGUGUGGCUGUGGUGUUUGGAAGCUAUUUCUAUUGA